CAGCAAGUUGUGGUCCAAGCAGAACCAGUCAGCCCAGAUUGCUGAGUAUAUCCGUGCGCAAUGUGGUGUGUAUCUGAAGGUACCGAAUAAGAGCAGGUGGAAUUCCACCUUUGAUGCGUUGAAGCAACUACAUGAGCUCCUGUCAACUGUGCCACUAAAAAUGCAUGCCAUAAUGGACCGCUGCUCCUUGUCCGGAUCACAGCUGCUGAGAUUGAAGUGGUACAGGAAUACACAGAGAUUAUGGAGCCACUAGCCCAGUCCCUAGAUAUCCUGCAACGGGAGAACGGCAUGUUCGCUACAACGCUCUGCAAUCUGGACCUCAAGUUAGAAGGACUGGAAAACAAACCUGAGAGGUACACAUACUGUUUUCAGCUGCUGAGAGCCCUAAGAAAGCGGUUUGCAGCUAUCUGGGAGGACAAGAGGCUUUUUCUGGCAGCCUGCCUACACCCUCGCUUCAAACUAGAUUGUCUGGAAUCGUGUCAGGCCGCCACCCAUACCAACAAAUACACAGUGGAAGCCUUGUUGAAAGCUGAAAUAAAGAUGGGUGUACUUUAUGAGGACAGUGAUCAGUCUUCAGAUAAAGACCAGGAAGGAGAUGACUUAGAAGAUGACUUCUUUAACUUUCUGCCCCAGGGCAAGAAGUCAGCAGUGGACACUGCUGAGGAGGAACUGGUGAGGUACCUGAGGUCUCCCAGCAGGGAAGUGUCAUCACUCCAUGGCUUUCCACGUGUGCUGCGGUGUUUUUUGCAGCACAACACAGGCAUGCCUUCAAGCGCCGCAGUAGAAUGCCUGUUCAGUACUGGUGGCAACGUAAUGACUGUAAAAAGAAAUUCCUUGUCUGACAUGCUCUUUGAGCAUCUUGUUCUUUUGAGACAUAACAAACAUAUUAUAAAAGCAUUUCAAGUGUAAAAUUUGAUUUCAAGAGUUGGGGUAUCUUCAUUGCUUGGGGGGAUGUGAGAUUCUGUUAUGCCAUUAUGU